AUGAGUCUCCAAACAGUGCGGUCGCCCUUCGUCCUGGGGGACUACACCCCCCUCUCCGAACACCAAGAACAGACCCCCGACAGCUUCUACGAUGGCAAGCCAGUGCUGCACUACCACGCGACAGGCGUCAAAGCCUGGAUCCCCAAAUCGCAGCGGGGCAAACUGCCCUUCUUCCCGGCCGACCUCUCCUCUGCGCCAACGGCCCCCGAGAACGCGGCGUUGAGCGGGCAGACGGAGGAGAGUGUCGAGCAGGCGGUGGAUUUAUUCGUCAAUUCCCAGUGCGCAUCUUCGUUCACCCUUUCUGCGUUUCCCCUCUUGGGGAAAGAGAAAAGCAAAGCUAACCGAUCCAGAAACCUCUCCAUCUUCUGUCCCAGCGCCGAAUCCGGCGUGUCCAUCCCCUACCAACAAAUCUCCAUCCACGCCAUCAAAACCCUCCGCGCCGCCUCCGAGACUUACCCCUCUGUCUACCUCCAACUCGAACUCGCCGCAGGCGGAUCCAGCGACGACGACUUCGACACCGUCGAGCUAACCCUCAUCCCCCAAUCCCAGCCAACAACCACCCCUGCCCCCGAAGCCGAUAGCGCGACACCCAACAAAUCCCAAGCAACCCUCCUCUUCGACGCCAUAUCCGAGUGUUCCAACCUCAACCCCGACCCGGUCCAAGACGGCGAUGACGACUUCGACGCAGACGAGGACGGAGCACAGAUUAUUUUUGAGGGUGAUCAAGAAGCGAUUGAAGGGUUUAGCGGGGUGUUUGCGGGCGCGGCAGAUGGCGGAUUGCCGCCUGCUAUGCCGGGGAGUGGGGGGUGGAUUACGGCGGAGAAUGUGCAUGAGUAUUUUGAUGAGGAGGGGAAUUGGAUUGGGGAGGGUGCGGGUGGUGACGAGCAGGAGGAACUUGGGGAGGGGGCUGGGGUUGUGCAUGCGCGUGAGGAGGGAGAGGCUGAGGGUGAUGGAAUUAAUGGAGCUGGAGAAGAGGGGGAGACGAAACGGGCGAGGAGGGAUGGUUUACGCGUGACAAUGACCUCCUGGAACCGCGUCGGUCUCGGCCCCCAACACAACUGGCGACGCAACCCCCGCCGCCCCCCACGCCUCUUCGGUAUGCGCCUCCGUCCGCGAACCCUCCUCAUCCUCACCCUCACUACGUUUCUGCUCCUAAUCCUCCUCCCCUACGACAACACCAUCCGCCUCGCCUUCCGCUGGAACGCCCUGCAACUCCGCGCCGCAUUGUUCGAUAGUUCCACGCCUGAUGAGCGCUGGGUGUAUGCUUCUCCGCCGGCAUAUCCGGUAGAUGUAGCCGAGGAUGUGGUGGUGAUUGUGAAGACCGGGUUUGGUACGCGGGAGAGGGUGCCGGCGUGGUUGGAUGCGUUGGGGAGGGGGAAUGAGUUUAGGGAUUUUUUGGUUAUUGCGGAUUCGGAGGGGAUGAUUGAUUAUGAUAAGGGGAAGGGGGAGGAGAAAGGGUUGAAGGUGCAUGAUGCGGUGGGGUAUUCGGUGCAGUUGCAUUUGAGGGGGUGGGAGGGACAUCCGAGGGUGGUGAAGUAUCGGGAGUUGACGGAGGCGAUUUAUCGGGGGGAUGAGAAGGUGGCGUUGGAGUUGUGUAGGAGGUUUGGGUGGGAGUUGGAUUCUAUGAAGUUCAUAUCCGGCCUGGAAAUGGCCUUCCAAAAGUACCCCCACAAGCAUUGGUACCUCCUCGUCGACGACGACACCUUCAUCAUCCAACCCUCUCUCAAACCCCUCCUCGCCCACCUCAACCCCAGCCAACCCCACUACCUCGGCAACGCCGUCGGCGACUUCAAAGCCCGCUUCGCCCACGGCGGCUCCGCCGUAAUCCUCUCGCACGCCGCCAUGCGCGCCCUCAUCACCAACCAACGCGCCCUCGCCUCCGUCUACCUCGACUCCCUCGACGAAACCUGGGGCGACCGCCUGCUCGCCAAAGCCCUUCUUAAAUUGGGAAUCCACCUCGACGAGUCCUACAGCCACCUGUUCAACGGUGAGCCGCCGACGCUGACCAAGAUCCGCGCUGAUCGACUGUGCUCGCCGCUGGUGUCGUUUCACAAGCUGCCGUCGCCGGCGGCUAUGCGCGAGGUGGGGGAGUACUUUCGGAAUGUCAGCAAGCCGGUGAUUUGGAAUGAUUUGUGGGACGUGUAUGGUCAGACGCCGCCGUGGAAGCAGAGCAGCCCGGAGACGAUGCGGAGGGACUGGGACCAUGUUGGCGAGCCGGAUGAGUCGACGUUGGUUAUUUCUGGUGUGCAGAGUGCGGAGGCGUGUGAGAGGCAGAUGAAGCGAAGGGCGAAGAGCUCGUUGGCGUGGUCGUGGGAUGCGGAGAGUCGGGUUUGUCAUGUUAGCCAUUGGAUGAUCUUGGGGGGGCCGAAGAAGGGGGUUGUGUCGGGGGUCAAUGUCCCGAGAGCGAGGCGGUUGGAGACGUAUUGCCUCCAGUAUUAG